AUGGCUACAACAGCCCCAACAUCGCAGCUUGACGCGACGUUGACGCGACACACGGAAACUUCGGAACCUGCACCAAAGGAACCUGAAGCGGAAGGCGAGCGGAGUCUCUCGACAACCACCCGUAUCCACACCGAGCUCAGGACUCGCGGCAUCAUCGUGGGCGUCAACCUGGUCAUCGUGCUACUGUCGCUGGUCGCGCUCUGGUGCGCCACCUACUCAUACUCGGUGCGACCAUCCUCGGAGCGAGGGAACCUGCUCAACAACGUCAUGAGCAAGUCCUUCCUCUACACCUUAUUCAUGCACCUCGACGUCUUCAUACUCGUACUCAGCGUAUCUCUCACCGUGGUCGCCGCCUUCGGCCUGGUGGGCGCGCUUCGCGAGAACAUCGCCGUGCUCGAGGCCUACCAGAGCCUGCUGGCCCUCACGAUUCUGCUCAACAGCGUCGCGGCCGUCGCCGGCAUGCUGAUGCCGCAGUCGGCGCGCAACCACCUUAAGCAGGCCGCGUUCGUCGAGUUCAUCCAGGGCUAUCGGCAGACCGAGUACUUCCAGCACAUAAUUGACGCGCUCCAGACGUCGAUGCGCUGCUGCGGCUUCUCCGAGGACACGUUUCACGACUGGAACCUCAACGAGUACUUCCACUGCGCGUCGGGCAACCCGAGCCGCGAGCGUUGCUCGGUUCCUUUCUCCUGCUGCCGGCAGCGCGUUCUGGGCGUCAACGAGACGUCCGACCAGUCGAUGCCGUCCGGGCGCUUCUGCGGCCACGGCGUGCUGCUCAUGGACGACCAGGAGGCCUGGAAGCGAGUGUACACGCGCAGUUGCGCCGAUGCCGCGCUCACAUACGUCAUGGACAACCUCGUCGUGUUCAUUUGCGUCGUCAUGGUGGUCAACAUGUUCCUGCUGUUCAUGCUCGUCACGUCUGCCGUGUUGCAGGACCAGGUACACACCAUCACGACCGUCUACGAGGCGUACUACAAGACGCUGGAGCAAGGCCAGGUCGUUAUGCAGGAGGCCGGCCUCAUAAAGUCUCCUGAAAUGCAUCACGAUAAUAAGUCGGCGGACAAGAAUCCCGACAAAGCGAACGAUAAGGUGCCCGUAUAG